ACAAAGUCCCUGUGAAAAGAGAAGGACAACCAGUCAGAAUGAAGGGGUCGGGGUUUGCCCCCCUUCUACUGGGCCUGUCAUUGGCUGUCUCGCUGGUGCAAUCGUCUGGACAUUCGUCUAAACACGGAGGGGCGGCACAACGCAGCAACAAGUUCACCGAUACGAAGACAAGCGCAGAUUCCGAUGACGUCAUUCCCCUGCCCGAACCCAUGAUCAAGGUUCGUGUGAUAAAAAAACACCAACAUGGAAAAGAAGGGUUGGGAGAGGUUAGAGAGUUAUCCCGUGCUGCUGCUGGUGGUCAAGAUAUUGCUACAGGGGGAGGGUGGUCAGGCAGGGAGAGGGGUGCUGAAGAGGAGAUGACCAAGGAUGACGCUUCGGAUCACGUGGACACCGGGGUCAGACCUGGGAAAAAUACAGAGCGGACGCCCCCUAAGCCUGAGUCGUUAAGUUUUGGUUUAGAUUCCGGCACCGACGAGAGAUAUAAGACUCCUCAGAAGAACAAGGCAGAGAAACUGCUGGUGGGAGGUGGUCAAGAUUGGGUUGCUCCUACUUCCAUGAGUUUUAUGGACAAAGUGUCCAAUCUGGUAAGGUCAGCCAUGGGGCUGUUGGAGAAGCAAGAACACUUAAAGGAAGAUGAUGGUGCCAGAAGCUCUGGUGAGGAUUCGGAAUUCAAGACAAAAGCUCAAGAUUCAAAUAAAGAGUCCAUAUCUGAUUACACCAAGAAUAAGAAGAAGGUUAACACCUUAGAGAAGACAGUGACUCGUGGAAUUGAUGAAGGUUCGAACUCUACUCCAACUGAACAGAUGAUGAGAGAUCAGAGAAUGGUCUCAUCUCAUGGGGUUGCUUUCCCUGGUGUCCUGAUUGAGGAAAAAAACGUUUCUGAACUUCCCGCGAAAAAUGCCCAGCUGGACAAAAGAAAGAAAACAACUGUUAAUGUACGUGGCGCCAUGAAGGAUAAAUCUGCUGGAGUCAGAGCUGAGACGGAUAGAAAAAUGAAAGUGAAACUGCGGGGAGACAGAAAACCCAAAAACAAUAAAAGACAUUGGUGGAAGAAAGGAGGGAAAUCGAAACGGAAGAAUAAAAAAGAGUGGAGGAAAAAUCACGACGGAGGGAAAAGUCUCGAUAACGGGUCUGUUCAGACUGGAAAACUAUCAGAUGAAAAACUGUUUGAUAGAAAAAAGUCUGAUGGAACACCGUCUAACGGUUACAGCGUCGUCCCGCAGGGUCAUGAAGAGACUGUGGAACCGAGUCACGUUGGGCAUUCUGAUCUACAGGAUGAUGAAGGCUGGGGUUGGGGAGGCUGGGGAGAUGGUGAUGAUAGCGAGGAAGAGGAUGGGUGGGAGGAUGAAGAGGAUUCGUUGGAGGAAGAGAAGGGGGAGGGGGAAGCCGAGGAUGGAGGCGCCAACGUUGUGAAGAAUGUUGAUAGCAAAGAUGCUCCUCAUGACGAUAAUGAUGACGAUGAUGAGGACGACAGUAAUGGGGAUCUGGGAAGUGAUGUUGUCUUGGGCGGAGAAAAGGACAAUAUACUCCCCAGUAACCUUAUCAGAAUAGAUUAUCCGGAAUACACUAACGGCUAUGAGGAGUCCUUUUACCAGCUCCAAAGGCUCACUCGAUACUAUGCCAAGUGCGAGACCUGUAUGGAGGACUCCAGGUGGACUGAGUGGGGCGAAUGGAGCACCUGCAGCGGACGACACGUGCAGUCAGACAGGGACACGGGGCGCCCGUGCGGCAGAGGUCAAAGGUCACGGUCAAGGUCGUGCGUGGAGAGUCAGUGUGGAGGACGGUCGUGUGUCGGGAGAAGGAUGGAGGCCAUGGACUGUAACUUAGGGCCGUGUUGUGCGCACCCUACUUGUCUGAGUGGACGUUUUGGUCAAGCUGUGUUGGGUCAGAUACUGUCCGUACCCGGAGCCGGUCCUGUGUCACUGACCCUCGCUGUCCGGACCAGGAGUGUAGAGGACACACACAAGACAGCGAGCUUUGUCCCUGUACCGCACCCUACUUGUCUGAGUGGACGUUGUGGUCAAGCUGUGUUGGGUCAGACACUGUCCGUACCCGGAGCCGGUCCUGUGUCACUGACCCUCGCUGUCCGGACCAGGUGUGUAGAGGACACACAGAAGACAGAAAACCUUGUCCUUGUCACGAGGGUGCAUGGGCAACUUGGAGCCACUGGGGCGACUGCAGCUGCGACAAGCUCAAACAGGUCCAGACGCGCGUGAGAGAAAAAAGGUCAAGGACGAGUCGGGAGCUGUGUCUCCCCGAGAGGCAGAAGGAGGAGAGGCAUAGCUGUCACGACGAAUGUCGUACAG